AUGAAUCCUAAGAUCUGUGUUAUUUGUCGCAAUUCAAAACCUAUUAAUCAAACCGACAAUCGCUUAGUGACUGAAAACUGUGGCCAUGUUAAAUGUAUGGACUGUUUGCUGCUUGAAAAAUCCGGUUGUGUGGCCUGUGCAAGAGAGAGUAGUGAUCAAGAGUCGGGAGAAGAUAAGCCAGGACUUAAAGACUUGUGUAAAAAGAAGAAACCGGAAACGUCACACGUUAGAAUAGUAACAGUUGGUAAUGAAAAGUUCUAUGAAUGCACAGUUUGUAAGAAGUGGUUUCAUGCAAGAAGUCAGGUGGCCUACCAUGCAUAUUGCAAUGGGCAACGAAAACCUUAUCAGUGUCCAGAGUGUAAUAAGAGCUUUGCAACGCACUCUCAUUUCAAGUACCAUAUGCGAGUUCACCGUAAUGAACGGACGUAUGCUUGUGAGGUUUGCGGAGACAGCUUUUUUCAAAUGUCAAAGUUGCAGCGCCACAAGCUAAAACAUACAAAAGAGAAAAAGUAUGUUUGUACAGUUUGCAACAAAGGUUUCAAUAACCUAACAUCGCUGCGUAAGCAUGGUCUCACGCACACCGAGGAGCGCCCAUAUCAGUGCAACAUAUGUGCUCGUCGAUUCAGGGAUGGCUCUAACUAUAGAAAACAUGUUGCGAAGCACGACAUGAAGAAAUGCAAUUGCGAGGGUUGCGGCAAGGGCGGGAACUGUGAGGCCGGGGGUGGUGGGGUGCGGGGCGCGGGAGUGCGCGCGCUGCGGCCCUACCAGUGCCCGCGCUGCCCGCAGGCCUUCCACUCCGGCAAGGACAUGCGACGCCACGCCGCCGUGCACUCUGACUCGAAACCGUUCCGCUGCAAAGUUUGCAACAGAAGGUUCAGAAGAAAAGACAACCUGGAGCGUCAUAUCAGAAAUACUCAUCCAGAUUAUGUCCCAGCCACUGCAGUCGAGUGCGAUGAAGGCGCUUUAAAGCAAGCUACUGACACAAACGGACAGGCGGAGAAGCCAGUGGACACGAAUGGAACAAACGAGAAGAACAAAUUAGAAAUUCUCAACCCACUACCACCAUUAACAGACGAAGUCAUACAAAAACAUAUGUGCCUCGAAGUGGAAGUCGAUCUAAGGAAAGAAUUCAAACAGGAAAAAGUAAACAGCAAAGACUACAUUGACAAAUCGUACAUUCUAGAAGCAAAUAAUGCGAGAGAAAGCGUCAUAGUAGAGAAGAGGAAUCUAGAAAACGAGAAGAAGUCUACAAGUCCAGCACCCGAGUUUGCAUACGUUCAUAAAAUAAGAAGAGCUAAUUUAAUGAGGAGUUCGAAAGAGAUCCCACUCCCUCCAAUAGAUGAGCAGAAGAUGCAGAAGUUGAAGGAGAACAGUGAUUUAAAUGAGUUCCAUUCGCGACCACCAUUAAAAAAUGUGGAAUUGUACAAAAUGAUUCUGUCAUCUAGCGGGAAGCAAGUGUCGAGUCAAGUUUCACCAGGUGCAGACACGGUAGCUUAA